AUGGCUUUUUCUUUUGACCUAGCCGUCAUCUUCAACCAGGAGAGGAGAAGAAUGAAGAAGAGAAGAUCGAAGAAGAUAAGAAGAAGAAGAAGACGAAGAGACGUAUGCAAGAUCAGCCAGAAACCUACACAUGAGAUUCCUUUUGAACUCGUGUUCGAGAUUCUCACGAGACUGCCCGCUAAAUCCCUUAUGAGGUUCAAAUCCGUCUCGAAGAUCUGGUCAUCCUUGAUUUGUUCCAAAUAUUUCACCAACCGUUUUCUAAACUUUUCAUCAUCGCCGCCACGUUUAUACAUGUGCUUGGGCAUCGACAACAGCGAUGUAAUACUGUCAUCGUCAGCUUCCUCUGACUCGGACGGUAAUACUAUAUCUUCCUUUGUAGUUGACCAAGACUUGACAAUCCCAGCGUUGGAAGGCUACAACGUCUCUCACGUUUUCCGCGGUUUGAUGUGCUUUACGAAUGAGGAUAGUGCGCAAAUAUAUAACACUAGCACUAGGCAGCUUGUAGUCUUACCCGACAUAGAAGAAUCCAACAUCAUAGCUGAAAAUCAUGAGUCUAAGAGGAUCAUGUAUUGUAUCGGACAUGAUCCCGUUCAUGAUCAAUACAAAGUGGUUUGCACAGUUUCAACAAGUAGAAACCAAACAUUCCUUUUAGAGUAUUGGGUACUCGUUUUAGGAGGAGAUGUAUCAAGUCGAUAUUGGAGAAAGAUUCCAAGUCCAUGUCCACCACAUCGUCCUAUAACACAAGGAUUGAUUAUCAAUGGUCGUAUGCGUUACAUAGCUUGGUCACGGUUGCUUGAUCCUGUGCUUGUCAGUUUCGAUAUGAUUUCUGAAGAAAUCAGUUUGCUCCAAAAACCUGAAGAUGCCUUUUGGUCUUAUUGUGGUACUGAUAUCAUAGAAUACGGUGGAAGAGUAGCUGUUUUACAUAAUUCUAGUCUUGAAGACGAAGGUGUGAUGGAACUAUAUGUUAUGGAAGAUGAAGAAAAGAAUAGGUGGUCUAGGAAGACUCUGGUGUUGGAUACUUGUCAAAUGAACCUGGUUCGUACUCAUAUAGUCAAUGACAUGAGUUUGAGGGUACAAGGUACAACUAGCAACGGCGAGGUUAUCCUUGUACCUCAAAAUAUCUAUUACACUCCAAGAGGCAAGAGUUUUGUUAAACCUCAAUUUACUACUCUUUUCUACAUUUUUCUUUACGAUUUUCAAAACAAUCAUUUGAGAAAAGUUGAUAUCAAAGAUACAUCAAACCGCUAUCCCACCAAAAUUUGGGACGUUAUUGGAUUUGAUGACUUUGACAACUUAAUGUAUCUUCUCUAAACGUUUGUCCCUUCUUUUCAUUUUUAUUUUACUUUAUUUUUGGAUGCUUAUUGGCUUAUUGCUGUAGAAUGUGCUUUGGCUAGCAACCGAUAGCUCUGUUUCUCAUGCUUCUAAAUUACUGC